GAAUGGCCAGGCGAUCAGAUCAUCAUAACCCACGGCACCGACACCUUAGUCGAAACCGCCUGCUACUUGGGCAAUCGCGCAGGAAACUUGGCCACCAAGCGAAUUUGUCUGACCGGCGCAAUGCUUCCAGAAAAAUUCGUGGACACGGACGCUCACUUCAACAUGGGUGUUUGCUUUGGCGCUUUGGACGUGGCAAUGCCCGGUAUCUACGUAAAUGCCCACGCUGCGUCCACGAUGCAAAGCUCCAUUCAAGUGCACGGCCAGGAUCUCGAGGUGACAUCUGUGAUGCAGAACGUUCCGAGACUCCGAGUGCAGCCGCCUCGGAGCUAUGCAGAGACCUCCCUAGGUGUCGAGAGCGGACCUGGGAGGGGUAGCCGCAGCGCAAUGUUCACACUUCGCCUGCACGACGAGGUCAUGGCAGGAAUGGGCCCUCGCCAAGGUCGCUGGCUGAAGAUCACGCAUCCAGUGGAAGGUUGGGUGCAGGCCGCUACUCGAGAUGGUCAAGACAUCCUCAAGGAGGUGGUUGGUUGCAGGCCGAAUCUUCGACAGGUUGUUACGGUACGUCCGGCGUCAAAGAGGCAGACGAGCGUCCAAGCAGCACCUGCCGCACAGGACAUUGGAUCGUUUCGGGAGAACGAACACGCGGAGAAUGCUCAAUCGAGGGCCCGAGCUGUCGAAGCCUGCCGGCUUUUGCGAGAAGUGGCUCGACUGGAAGCCUUUGGGCCCUCUGGAACGCCCCGGAAAAGCACGCGCGGCGUUUUCUAG